GAGCCCGAGGGGUGGCCCCGCCCUGAGGCGGCCAUGGCGGCGCCGCCGCUGCCGGUGGCGGAACCGCUGCCGGGAGUCCCGGCCGAGCCCAAUCCCUUCUCCUUCUGCGAGUUCGUCCGCUCCAAGUCCCGCGGCGGCACGCAGGCGGCUUGGCCCGGGCCCGUCGUGCCCGCAGAGUCGGGGGACGAGCAGGAGGAGGAGGAGGAGGAGGAGGAGGAAUGGAGCGAGAGCUACCAGCCGCUGGCCGUGGAGCAGGCCCACCUGAGCGCGGCCCCGCUCCCCCCCGGGCAGCCGAGCUACGAGCAGCUAAAAGAAGAGAAUGCUAUUUUAAGAAACAAGAUCAAUAAGCUUCAGAUUCUGUCUGAAACUCAAGCAGACAAAAUGAGGGAGCUUGAGAAGAAGCUUGAGGAAAACAAAAUCAAAGAAGAAAAAGAAGCACAGGAUUUGGAAGCAAUAGUGCAGCAUGUGGAGCAGAAUCUCCAGCUGAUGACUAAACGGGCUGCCAAAGCUGAGAACAGCGCUGCCAAACUGAGACAGGAAAACGCACAGCUCCAGGCUGAGCUGAGGAAUUCCAGGCUGGAGAACGAGGCGCUGCGGGCGGGCCAGGGAUUGGCCGCGGUCAAGCAGAACGCAGAGGUGGCUCUGCAGCACCUGCUGCAGGUCACAACCAGCUCCCAAGCAUCCAUCAGGCAGCUGCUCUCUGGAGCAGAAUCCCUGCAGCUGGUCGCUGAUCUCCUGAAAUCCAUAGACAGAAUCUCUGAGGUGUCAGAGGAUGGACAGUGAGUGACCCACACAACACAAGGACUUUGUUUUCAUAUGGAAACCACUACUAAAAAGUGAAUUUUUGAUA